GCGGGGCCCCGGCUUUCUCAACCGCACGUCACCACGUACGUGCGGAGGCGGCGAGGGUGUGGACGACGUCCCACGGCACUCAAUCUGCUGCAGACAACAUAACGCUGUUAAUAACUUCUAACCGAAUUGCUCAGCAACAGGCGUUUGUACCCGGGUUGCUGGAGUGCUCCUCAGUUCCUCAGAAGGCGUCCCUCAUUAUCCCAGAUGAGGGACUGAUGCUGGCCAGGAUCCUGCUCAACCCCUCGGGUAGCCUCUCUCCUCCGUCCCACUUCAGCCCUGCAUCUACUCUUGACGGGUGUAGCUUAAGGGAAGGAGGAUUCACGUGCCACAAUGGAUGAUAUCUUCACGCAGUGCCGGGAAGGAAAUGCAGUGGCAGUUCGCUUAUGGCUGGACAACACAGAGAAUGACCUCAAUCAAGGGGAUGACCACGGCUUCAGCCCCCUGCACUGGGCGUGCAGGGAGGGCCGCUCCAGCGUGGUGGACAUGCUCAUCAUGAGGGGGGCUCGCAUUAACGUCAUGAAUCGCGGCGACGACACGCCUCUGCACCUGGCCUCCAGCCAUGGACAUCGCGACAUUGUGGGAAAGCUGAUCCAAUGCAAAGCAGACACCAAUGCAGCCAACGAACACGGGAACGCACCACUGCAUUACGCCUGCUUCUGGGGCCAGGACCUUGUGGCUGAGGACCUUGUGACCAAUGGGGCUCAGGUGAGCAUCUGUAACAAAUAUGGGGAAACUCCCCUGGACAAAGCCAAACCUCACCUGCGUGAGCUCCUAAAAGAACAAGCUGAGAAACUAGGACAGAGCUUGGCUAAAGUCCCCUUCAAGGACACGUUCUGGAAAGGCACCACCAGGACUCGACCCCGCAAUGGCACUUUGAACAAACACGCAGGCAUUGAUUUCAAACAGCUCGCUCUAGUGGCUAGAGUAAACGAGAACCAGUCUGGAGAGCUGUGGCAGGGGCGGUGGCAGGGGAAUGAGGUGGUUGUUAAGGUGCUAAAGGUUCGUGACUGGUCCACAAGGAAAAGCAGAGAUUUCAAUGAGGAAUAUCCAAAACUCAGGAUAUUCUCCCACCCGAAUGUCCUACCUAUGUUGGGAGCAUGUCAGUCUCCUCCCGCCCCUCACCCCAUCAUCAUCACACACUGGAUGCCUUACGGCUCCCUCUACAAUGUGCUGCAUGAAGGCACCAACUUUGUGGUGGAUCAGACUCAGGCGGUGAAGUUUGCGCUGGACAUCGCCUGUGGAAUGGCCUUCUUACACACGCUGGAGCCCAUGAUCCCUCGCCACUAUCUCAACAGCAAGAGUGUUAUGAUAGAUGAAGACAUGACAGCCAGGAUCAGCAUGGCAGAUGUUAAGUUCUCCUUUCAGUGUCCUGGCAGGAUGUACUCGCCUGCAUGGGUCGCCCCCGAGGCCCUGCAGAAGAAGCCGGAAGAGAUCAACCGUCGGUCAGCAGACAUGUGGAGCUUUGCUAUCCUGCUGUGGGAAUUGGUGACAAGAGAAGUGCCCUAUGCUGACCUCUCUAACAUGGAAAUCGGCAUGAAGGUUGCCUUGGAGGGUUUAAGGCCCACCAUCCCCCCGGGCAUUUCGCCCCACAUUUGCAAGCUCAUGAAGAUAUGCAUGAACGAGGACCCAGCGAAGAGGCCUAAGUUUGACAUGAUUGUGCCAAUUCUGGAAAAGAUGCAGGACAAGUGACCUCCUGUGCUCUUUGGUUCCGACCGUUUACUUAUGGGGAACGUUUUACCCCAAAUAUCGUUUUGAUAUGGUGGUGUGGUGCUUACCAGUAUUGCCUUAAACUCUUACUCUACCGCUGCGUUCAAUGCCACUGUAGCUUCUGAGAUGAAUUCAGCGGCAGUUGAUUUUUUUGUUUUUGUUUUCCAAAGUGUUUCCUUUUUUUAUUAGUGUCUUCAUCUUUGUUGCUGAUGCUGCUCAUCUUGUAAACUGUAAUCAUGUGGACUGAGUACAAUCAUCUUCAAACUGCUAGACUGAAUAACCUGUGGAGGUCAGCAUGACGGUGCAUCUGAGGCCUUAUAUUUCUUAACUGGAGUUGACUGGCUGUUGAAAAAGUCACAAUGCAAGGAAACCGCUUCUCUGUCAUGUUAGCUGUCCGUAGAACAAAUAAAAUAUUAACUCAAAGUUUUAGUAGGGGACAAAACUGAGUGUAACUUGGCUAGCAUGAAAAGUCUCUCAAAUGAAGCAUUUAAACCACAUUUAAGAUUAAGACUAAAUGUGUACAAGUGGUGGCCGGGAGAGUGUUUGGCUGUGUGUGGCUGUGUUGAGACUGAACAUGACCUGCUGACAGUGGUGUUAAACGGGCCAUGGAAACUUUAUUUGCAGUGCGGCAACAAAUAUCAGUGUUGAUCAAUACAGUUUUAUUUUCCAAAUAAUUAAAAAGAUAACAGAUUUUCUCUUGUUCAUAAUGGGAUUAUUCCAAUAAAUGACCGUAACCUAGUUUAUCUUCAUUAUUGUCAUUUCAAAAGUGUAUAAUUGUUGAUCAAAUUCUGUUUUCCUACAGAGCACAUCGUCUCCUCUAUUAAGUCUGAAGGUGUUUGUGUUAAAAUCAUGUGUUUUCAUGUUGAAUACAUACUUUUUUUCACCAGAAUGUAAUUUCUUCAUGGUUAUCAUAGGUAUAGUUAUUAUUUGUUGUGUUGUUGUUGAGCAUGAGUGCUGCCUUUCCUCCCAUUUGUAUGGCUACAUCAGAAGCCGCUGUGAGCAGGUGUCCGGGACAUCGAGGGGUUGAGUUUGCAUCCUACAAACUGUCAGGUUGUUGCAUCACUUGCUUUGAUUGUUGUCGUCUUCUGAAAAACCUAAAUGACUUUAUCUAUCUCCUGGCUUGUUUCUUCUACCUGCGUCUACUCCGUGCCUCCACCAGCUUGCUUGUUUGUGCUGCAUCACAGGUUAAAGCCAAAAUCAAGAAUCACUUCUACAAAUGUAUGUAUUUAUAUAUAAGUAUAUUAAAAAGGAAUCAUAUGGGCAACUUCAA